AUGAUGGGAAUCCAAGCAACUUACAUUGAUGACAGUCGGCUUUGCUGCAGUAGUAUCAGACAAGGUGAAAUCUCAUUUCUUAUGAUUUGCAGUGGUUGUUUUCUUACAUUUAACUGGGGGAAAGGGUGGAGAAGGGGUGUGUUUCCUUUUCAGACAAGGUAUGCUCCUUGGCUUGAUUGGACGAUGACAAGCGCAUUCCUUAUGUGGGAACUCAUACAAUUUGUCUGA